CCCCACUAGCCCUGCUCCCCCAGCUCCUGGACACCUCAGGGCAGAGGGCACAGACAGCCUCUGAAGCUCCUGCCUGGUGGGAUCAUGAACUGGCAGCCACUGUGGCUGGGCUUCCUACUCCCCAUGACAGUCUCAGGCCGGGCCCUGGGGACUGCAGAGAAGGAGGCAGCAGUGGAUUACCUAUUGCAAUAUGGGUACCUACAGAAGACUCUAGAAGGAACUGAUGACUUCAGGCCAGAAGAUAUCAUGGAGGCUCUGAGAGCUUUUCAGGAAGCAUCUGAGCUGCCAGUCUCAGGUCAGCUGGAUGACGCCACAAGGGUGCGCAUGAGGCAACCCCGUUGUGGCCUAGAGGACCCCUUCAACAAGAGGACUCUUAAAUACCUGCUGCUGGGUCGCUGGAGAAAGAAGCACCUGAAAUUCCGCAUCUUGAACUUGCCCUCCACAAUCCCAUCCCAGACAGCCCGGGCAGCCCUGCUUCAAGCCUUCCAAUACUGGAGCAAUGUGACCCCGCUGACCUUCCAGGAGGUGCAGGCUGGCUGGGCUGACAUCCACCUCUCCUUUCACGGCCGCCGAAGCCUGUACUGCUCCAAAGGCUUUGAUGGGCCUGGGAAGGUCCUGGCCCAUGCUGACAUCCCAGAGCUGGGCAGCGUGCACUUUGAUGAAGAUGAGCUCUGGACUGAGAGGACCUACCGGGGGGUUAACCUGCGCAUCAUUGCAGCCCAUGAACUGGGCCACGCCCUGGGGCUUGGGCACUCCCGAUACACCCAGGCCCUCAUGGCCCCUGUCUACACUGGCUACCGGCCCCACUUCAAACUGCACCCAGAUGAUGUGGCAGGGAUCCAGGCUCUCUAUGGCAAGAAGACCCCAGACACAGGGGAUGAGGAAGAAGAGACGGAGCUCCCCACUGUACCCCAAGUGCCCACAGAACCCAGUCCCAUGCCGGACCCCUGCAGUGGAGAACUGGAUGCCAUGAUGCUGGGGCCCCGUGGAAAGACCUAUGCCUUCAAGGGGAACUACGUGUGGACUGUGACAGAUUCAGGGCUGGGUCCCUUGUUCCGAGUGUCUGCCCUUUGGGAGGGGCUCCCAGGAAAUCUGGAUGCUGCUGUCUACUCUCCUCGAACACAAUGGAUUCACUUCUUUAAGGGAGACAAGGUGUGGCGCUACAUUAAUUUCAGGCUGUAUCCUGGCUUCCCCAAGAUUCUGAAUAGAGUAGAACCCAACCUGGAUGCAGCUCUCUAUUGGCCUCUCAACCAAAAGGUGUUCCUCUUUAAGGGCUCCGGGUACUGGCAGUGGGAUGAGCUGGCCCGAAACGACUUGAGCCGCUACCCCAAACCAAUCAAGGGGUUGUUUACGGGAGUGCCAGACCAGCCCUCAGCUGCUAUGAGUUGGCGAGAUGGCCGUGUCUACUUCUUCAAGGGCAAACAGUACUGGGCCCUCAACCGGCAGCUUCGAGUAGAGAAAGGCUAUCCCAGAGAUAUUGCCCACAACUGGAUGCACUGUCGUCCCCAGACCCCACACACGACCCCAUCCGGUGAGGACACCACUCCCUCAGCCACAGGCACUGACCACUGAGCCACAGGAACAAUCUUGGAUACCACUUCCUCAGCCAUAGAUACCUUCUUGAACACUGACCCCUCACCCAGAGACACAAUCUUGGACAUUACCCGCUCAGCCACAGGCCCCACUACCCUUUCAUUUCCUGGUAAUGUCACCCUCCAGAGGCCUAAGACCUGAAUCACAUGCCUGCUCACGAGACUGCAGGCGCUGCAGCAGGGGCAUGAACCACACAGACCUCAGGCCUCUACAUGUCCCAGCCCUAGCCACCACUCCCCUGUGCUCUUCCCCUCCUGAGCAGUGACUCCCUAGCUCUGGGUCAGCCCCCAACUCCAUCCACUUCUUCCCUGUCCUAGAGAGCACUUCCAACUGUGUUAUCUACUCUCUGGAGGACAGCGGUAGAGGGAAGGCAUCAAUCAGGCCGUUAGUGGACAGGAGGCAACAGCUGGGAAGCUGGAUGCCUGGGCCCUGUUCUUCCUGGAUAAAGUGCGAGAGAACAGCAUGGCCAGUAAAAUGAGCAGGAGCUUUGGAAUCCUUGAGAAUCACAUUUACUUGCUUAUGACUUUGGGCAAGUUAAUUAACCUUAUCUAGCCUUGGAUUUCCCAUUUGUAAAAUGCUAAUACCAAUCCUUCAGGGUUGUUGCAUUAAAUGAAAUACUGUAUGUGAGGUGCCUGGCACACUGUCUGGCACAUUUGUGCUUAAUAAAAGCUAACUCCAUGUUCAAAAGAGAGGACCGAA